ACAGCAGGUCCAAUGUCGGUACAGAAUUGAGCAAUAUAGGCCUUUAUAUAGACCGACCACAGCUACUGCGCAACACUCUGAAAACCAAACAGGUAUUUGUCGGUACACGGCAAUCAUUGCGCAGUAUUAUUUAGCUCUGUGUCCAUCAGACAAGUCCGAAUUUUGUCUCUUCUCGAUUAGGAAACUACUCAACUUGCAGGAUGAAUGCGUCUGUUCUUUGCCUUUUCCUUCUGGUAGCUGGAGCAACGACAAUGACAUUGGCAACAACGCCUACCCCUAAAGCAACCGUCCAUACCACUGCUGAACGUCCAACCACAGUGUCGAAGACGACCCAUAGUCGCCCCACCACUGCACCGAAGACGACCCAUAGUCACCCCACUACUGCACCAAAGACGACCCAUAGUAACCCCACUACUGCACCAAAGACGACCCAUAGUCAGCCCACCACUGCACCGAAGACGACCCAUAGUCGCAUCACCACUGCACCAAAGACGACCCAUAGUCAGCCCACCACAGUACCCAAAACGACCCAUAGUCGCCCCACCACCGCACCAAAGACGACCGCUUUCCACACGCCCGGAAACACAACCGGAACCCCGACCCACACCACCGCUGUGGCUGCUAAUACCACAUCCAAUGCAACCGGUUCAACUGUUGGUACAACUGCACCGGCAGGCACUACCCUUCCUAGACCAGAAAAUGUUAUACCAAGUUAUCAGUUUAAGAAUGGCAGCGAGGUGAUGAUGUUGUUCGUCCUGAACGCAACGCUGAAAAUUAGAUACAACACCACAAACAAUGAGACUGGCGAGGCUGUUAUUCCCAUCGGCGGGAAAAUCAACGGAACGGAAUUCGAGUGGAGUACUAAUUCGUCGAGCUGGUCUGCCGACGGAACACUCAGGGAUUUAAUGAUUGUAACACAUUUUAACGUACCAGAUUCCAACUCAAGCAGUGGUGUGAUGGGGUUGUGGCUCGAUUUCCAACGGAUAUUUCCCUGGCCGAACGUCCCAAAGUAUCCUCUUUACAACUGUAGUGUGUUUCCCCUUUGGACGUAUUCCGAACCGCUCUUCCCUAGAGAUGUAAUGAACUACGGAAAACAGGACACCGCUGAGUUAUUCGAUGUGUACACGAGUAGAAGGGGAAAGACGUACAGCUGCUCAAACUGGACACUCACGGCGGGACCGGUGACAAUCAUUAUGGAUCACGUGAAAUUACAGCCUUACGCGAACUUUGCAAAUGGCACUUUCGGCAAUGGAGUAGACGACUGUAUGGGAAACCCAACUACUAUGGAGCCGACGACCAUGAAGCCGGCCACAGCCAACGCGACCAUGACCACCACGGCGUUCCCUACCAAGCCCAGCCCCAACAACGGGGGCAUGAUCGCCGGCAUAGUCAUCGGUGUGUUGGCCUUCAUCGCCAUCAUCGUUGGAAUCGCCGUGUUCGUGAUCAGGAAGCGGAGGAUGAAGGAAGCACCCUACGGCCACCUCGACGAGGAACACAAGGAUUACGUUCACUAGAUCAGCGUUGGUUAAGAGAGGAAAACUGCACUGAGGCUUGGACAUACACGGUCAAUGACCCUUAUAGAAUACGGGCCGACUCACAAUAAAGUGCGCCACCAAGAGGCUGCCACAGAGAGUCAUAUUUUUGAAGUGUACGGUCGACAAAAACAUGACCGACAUGCCACGACUUGAAUGACUGUCUGCAGACAACUUUGAAUACAUUUUUGAAUAGAUGUCGAGGCAAUAGCAUGUUCUACCGCCUCAGAAAAAAACACCAUCUUGAUAAAAAGAAAAGAAAACAAAAGACACUCGAAUCAUACGCUUACGAAACUACUGACCGGACAAAACAAUUAAACAAUUAAUUUACCCACUCUUUUCCUCGAUGCACGGCGAAAAAUGAACUCUCAGUGACAACCUCUAGAUGCCAAAUGUUAUUGUGAAUCUCCCGUAUUAGGAAUGCAACCAAGUUUAUGAAUUCCUACCUUUGAUAAAUUGCCGAUACUUCAAAAUUCUUUUUACUGAUUUAUCGGAAUUCUCACAGGUGUUCAGGUUGUCACAGAAUCAUGAUUAUCAACAUGUCGUCUCUCAUUUUUAUUUCAAUUUUUGGUGGGUUGACCAAUGACUUUUUGGAAAAAUUAUCACCCAAAGACGACAAUCCCAAAAACGGCGGAAAGAUAUUUGCCAAACUGGAAAAGUAGCCAUUUUGAAAAGGAUCCCUCCUUAACGUGGCUAAAAUAGCUCCACUUUCGGACCCAAUUGCAUCCGAAAUCCUCAGAAUUGGAAGCCCAAGUCCGGGCCAAGUGCAGUGCCAUAUGUACUAAAUCCUCCAAUUCGUGAUGGCUCUUUAAACCGUCUUACAUAAAAUGAUUUGAAUGUACAUGUAAAACAAUUAUUUUAUGAGCAAAGCGGACGGGUUUCUGCCCUAUUUUACUUGGUUGCACUCUUAACGGAUUCCUUACGCGAACUACGGAGGGUUUGUGUAGGCCAAUCCCAGGAUUGCACACUUAUAUAUAUAAGAUUGCAUUAUCAACAUUCAUAUAGUGCAAAGAAUCAGUGGGAAACGAAGCUAAUGAAACUAUUCAGAGAUUGUGAUCGAGAGGUCCAAUUACGCUUGCGCUGUUCAUUAUGAAAUCGACCGCAGGGGUAUUUUCAUGACUUUAAUCAUUAUA